AUGGUGCAAGGCACUUGCACUGAUACAUGCAUAGUCAAGAACUGUGGUCCUAAUGCUACUUGCAACAAGGACACUCGAGGCGUUGCAUAUUGUGUUUGCAAGACGGGCUUCGUGAUGGUAUCUGGCAAUUGCGUUGACACGUGCUCUCUCAGGACUUGUCCGAGAUAUACUUCUUGUAGUAGGACCUCCAGUGGUGCGCCAACAUGUUUGUGCAACGAUGCAUACCAGACGACUUCAACAGGCUUAUGCAUUGGUUCAGGCACGUGCUCGAACUGCACAUGCAACAACUUGGUUCCGUACACCAAUGCUCCGUACUGCACCUGCCCUUCUGGAUACAGCUUGACCACUGCUGGCUGCGUCCUAGGCACCGGCAUCGACACCUUGUCUUUCACCAGCAUCGCUUUCUACAACCAGACCAACUAUGGCUCCACUCCCUACAUCCUUCGCCUCCUUCUUGGCGCAUGCACCAGCCUCCCUCCCACAAUGUCCACCAACUUUCAGUCGCAAUAUUUUGUGGAAAUGGCUCCUGGAGGGGCUAUAGCUUGCCGCCAAGUUUGGAUGUACGAAAUGGCUAACUGCGCUGGGAGAAAUCCCGGUGGUACAGCCCGCCUCUUCAAGGCAGCGUCGCUGCCUUCGGCACUCC